CAUGGAGAUUGAAGAAACAUUCAGAGUCAAAUGUGAGGAUACUGAGGAACAAACAGACCUGAUGCCACUGAAAGAGAAAAGUGAAGAACUAAAUGAAAUGGAAGGCAAAGAUCAGAAUAAGAAACAUGGAGAAAAUUUCAUUGGAGAAAAUUUUAGUUGCUCCCAAACUAAACAAACUUUACAAAAGAGAGCUCAAAAGACAGGAACUAGAAGUCAUUUCAAUUGUCAACAAUGUGGAAAGAGUUUUAAUAAAAAAAGAACCCUUAACAUUCACAUUAGAAUUCACACAGGAGAGAAACCUUACACAUGCCCUCAAUGUAGACUAAGCUUCACUCAAAAAGGAACCCUUAACAGGCACAUUAGAAUUCACACUGAAGAGAAGACUUACACCUGCAAACUGUGUGGAAAUAGUUUCAUGCAAAAAGGUGACCUUAAAAACCACAUGAGAAUUCAUUCUGGAGAGAAGCCUUACACCUGCCAACAGUGUGGAAAGAGUUUCUGUCAAAAAGGAAAUCUCAAAGUCCACAUGAGUGUUCAUUCUAGAGAGAGAUAUUUCAACUGCCAACAUUGUGGAAAAAGUUUCACUAAAAAAGAAAGCCUUGAAAUCCAUUUGAGAAUUCACACUGGUGAGAAACCUUACACCUGCCAACAGUGUGGAAAGAGUUUCUGUCAAAAAGGAAACCUCAAAGUCCACAUGAGUAUUCACACUAGAGAGAGCGAUUUCAACUGCCAACAAUGUGGAAAAAGUUUCACUAAAGAAGAAAGCCUUGAAAUCCAUUUGAAAAUUCACACUGGUGAGAAGCCUUACACCUGCCAACAAUGUGGAAAAAGUUUCAUUAAAAAAGGAGCCCUUAAAAUGCACAAUAGAAUUCACACUGGAGAGAAACCUUUUGUCUGUCCUCAAUGUGGACUAAGUUUCACUCAAAAAGGAACCCUUAACAGCCACAUUAGAAUUCACACUGGAGAGAAGCCUUACACCUGUAAACUGUGUGGAAAUAGUUUCACUCGAAAAGGACGCCUCAAAACCCACAUGAGAUUUCAUACUGUAUAGAAGCCUUACACCUGCCAACAGUGUUUCUGUUAACAAGGACACCUCAAAGUCCACAUGAGUGAUCACACCGGAGUGGGAUAUUUCAGCUGCUAAUAAUGUGUAAAACGUUUAACUAAAAGGGCAAACCUUGAAGCCCACAUGAGAGUUCACAACAGAGAAAGGCCUUUCAUAUGCCCUUAUUGUGGAAAGAGUUCCUCUCAACAAGGAAACCUCAAGUCCACUUGAGUGUUCACACUUGAGAAGCCUUACACCUGCCAACAGUGUGGAAAUAGUUUAAGAUGCAAAACAUUCUUUAAUAAUGUAGUGUAUCAGAGCGAAUCAAACAAUUUAAGAUUCGAUCAGAUUGGUGUUAAAAAAACCCGAAGAGCCAAAUUCCACAAGGAGGCCCAAGACAACGUCAUAAAUCUGUCCACAAUACCCUGGCGCCACGAGUCUGAAGCAAGUCCACCAACUGCAGCUUUGAGCAGCUCACAGCAUUAAAACAAAAGAACACCUAGGUCCAGUUUUACUAAACAGGACACAUUAGUGUGAGAUUUCGCCAAAACACCGCUGAUGGGAGGGAAAAUUUACUCCGGGUGAUUUAUUAACAAUGCGCAAAUUAAAGAACACACAUGCAACAGUUCAUUUACAUAUCAACCAACGCAAUAUACCAAGUGCAGCACAAAUUAGCGUAGUCUCAAAUAAAGAAUAAAGAAGCCACAGUACGUUGAAAAGAACCGGAUGCCAAAAAAGGUUUGCUAGAAGUUUUGUUAAAAAUAAAGUGUUCUUCUAUAAUAAUGUGUUCUUCUGGCAUUCAAAAUAAAGUUAUUACUUGUGGAAAAAAAUUCUCUCCCUUCUACCAUGUGCUCUCUGUUCUCUGCAGUGCCUCCUACUAGCAACAAUAAUUGUAGCAAUUUCAAGCACAAAAUAGUUUAAGACAUGCUUUUUUGGAUGUUAAAUAAUGGUGCAAAUACCAGUAAUUUGACGAGCGCAAAUGUUAGUAAAACAAGUUUUGAAUACUCUCCUCCCAUAACUUUUGCGUCUGAAAGCAAAACUUUUUGCGUCAGGCGCAAAAAUUACUGUGUCCAUGUUUUUUCAGCGUUAAUUCUUGACUGCGCGUCUGUAAUAAACCCUGACAGUAGCAAGCUGUUAGUAAAACUGGCCCCUAAUUGAUAAUUCCAACUCAUGAGGGAGUUUGUCAAAUUUGGGGCAAGUAACCAAGAUUAAUGGUCAAAGAGAUGCACAGCAUGACCAUCACAUGUAAAUCCAUGAUAGUAAUCACAAGCUAAAGACUUCCUCGGAUUGGCUUUCCUCACCUAGCAAACAAGAACCAGACUCAGAUUCCUUCUUAACCCUUUUGACCUUUGUUCUUCACAGAACGUCCUCACGUUUACAGAAUGGCACAGAGACUGCCUUUACAUGUAUAUAUGGACCUAAAUGAGGCUAAAAGGACUUAUGAGCAACUAAUCAUUUCUAUGCAUAAUUCCAUAUUAUGUAACCCACACAUUUGAAUAUCAUGUCCUAAUCACUCAUUGUGUAUGCCAUUUUGAAUAACUAUUGAAUAGCUUAUAGGUUUAUAAUCGUGUCUAGUAUGUGUGUGUUUGAAUUUUCAUGCUUUAAACAUUUCUAUCUAUCAGUUCUGUGUAAAAUGUAUUAUAUUCUUGUUACAGAAAUCACUUCAGCGCAGCACAGUUUAAAAACGCUUUGCUUUUGCCACCACUUCUUUUGGUUAUCGUUUUUUGCCACAGGUUUUUUUUUUUUGGUGCUCUUUGAGCAUGCUCUGGCUUACAUGCCAGCUGCUCUGUACAUCAUGAGGAGAAAAUCCAUCUGGUCUCGUCACUCUCUUAUUUUCUUUUUUAUUUCCGUUUAUUUUCUUUUCGGUUGAGAGUUUUGCAUUCUGAGUUAAGUUUUGCUGCAAAGUCCAACUCUGACUGUCCCUGCCUCAAAACUUCAACCAGCCACCGACUCUGCACCAUUCGUCAGCCAAAAGGGACCCCCUACACAGACAACACAAGUACCUCCAGAUUCUAGCUGAACUGGUGCAUUUAAUAUAAAGUAUAACAGCCUCAUUGAGGAACUCAGUUCGCUAAAGUUAAUGUCUUAAACUGCCGAUCUUGUUACUGUGCUAAUUAAUAGUGUUUUCACUAUAUUUUGGAUUUUUUCAUCCAUUGCAGCGUUGAUGUUAUAUGGCUCAUUCAAUGAAUGGCUGAUUCUGUCCAAAUUCCCAAUAAAAUUAAAAAUCAAUUCCCUUUGAGCUAAAUUGACCUGUUUCCCUUACAAUGACCACACAAAGAUUCACUUGAGAGAAUUGUUUUAUAUGUUAUAAGCAGAUGGGUUAAGUCUAGGGGCCCGUUUCAGAAAGGAGGUUAAGUGAAAAUUCUGAGUAUGUUAACCCUGAAAUGAGGGAAACUCUGGGGUUUCCAUUUCAGAAUGGGAGGUUUGUCAAACCCGAGAAAGCAGGGUAAGUCAAGCCCAUUUCUGAAAGAGAGGUAACUUAUACUCAGUCAAUUACCAUGGUACUGUAACUUACUCUAUAAACCUAACCUGGUUGGGAGCAGGUUUUCUUUGGUAAACCCAGAGUUUCUGUCGGUCUCCUCCCCCUUUUUAAAGCACAAGUGAUGUUUAAAUAUUUAAUUAAUUCAUGCAUGCUGCAAAAAUGCUUUUGUAUGCUUAAUGCUUAAGUAUUUUUUCUUAUUUCAAGUAUAAAUACAUAUAAAAAAAAAUCUUAAAUCAAGACGGAUUUUCUAUAUAAGAAAAUGAUAUAAGAUAUCUUGUUUCUUGGGGGGAUCUAAAUUAAGUGGAUUUUACUUAAGUAAAAUUAUAUGCCAGUGUGGUAAAAAUAAUCUUCAUGCAAAUGUAAAACCAGAUUAUUUGGAGUGUCUAUUAAUAAGUUCAAAUCUACCGUAGCUCUGCCCUGCAACGUCACACAAGAUUAAAUAUGACAUGUGUGAAUAAUGGCUUUAGUGGUGUAGGCAGUAAUGUGUUUGGCGCGGUGAACUAGCUUGUAACGCGAUUGACCAGGGUCGAGUCCUGCUUCUGCCGACCUCGUUCUUCUCACUUUUCCUAUCACAUAUCACGUUAGAAUUUAUUUUCAAUAAAAAUUAAGAAAAUGUUCUAAAAGUGGAAUUAAAGUGCCUAACAAAUGUUUAAUAAUGAUAUAAGUAUUUAUAAUUUUAAUAAAUAUAAUCAUUUACAAUCUGUUAUUAUUGCAUCCUGUUAAUGUACAACAGUACUGAGGUGCAAAUAGGCCUAGUAUGUAUCUGCCAGUAUAAAGUAGAAAUAGCAUCUAAUUAUUAUUUACACUUAGCCUUUUGCAAAGAACUGCUACAUGGUAAAUAAAAUAUAUAUAGAUUUUCACCAAGUGUAAUUAGCAUCUAGAGCUAUUUGCACUUAGCCUACUGUAAAUAGGAUCUAUUGCUAAGAAAAUAGC